UGCUCGAUUGUUUUCACGAGGAAGAGGAAUCAUGUCAGAACCAUUGUGGCCAUGGCAGGUCGGGCUCCCCGGAGACGAGACCUGGACGAGCUCCUUCCCAGUGAAAGAGCCCGAUCUGGGGAUCCCCAUGAAGGACAACAGCGGAGGAGGCGGGGCCUUGGAGGAAGGAGCCACUCGGAAGCCGAGGGGCCAUCCGUCGGGCUCCAAGAAUAAGUGGAAGCGGCCGAUCUUUGUGACCAUACAUAGUCCUAACGUGCUUCGGAGCCUCGUGAUGGAGAUAGCCAGCGGCGCAGAUGUAGCCGAGUGCGUGGCCCGGUUUGCCAGACGGCGACAGAGCGGUGUCCGCGUGCUCAUCGGGAGGGGCACGGUCACCAAUGUCACGCUCCGGCAACCCACGGCACCGGGGACGGUCGUGGCCCUUCACGGCCGCUUUGAGAUUCUCUCCCUCACUGGGUCCUUUUUCCCUGGUCCUGCCCCGCCAAGGUCAACUGGAUUGACCAUAAGCCUGGCUGGAGGCGGAGGUCAAGUGGUCGGCGGAAGCAUUGUGGGCUCGCUCGUGGCUUCGGGGCCUGUCGUGCUGAUCGCGGUCACCUUUUCUAAUGCUACUUACGAGAGACUGCACUUGGAGGAGGAAGAGGAAGCGGGCAGCGGGCAGCAACAAGGUGGGAUGGCGGCCCUUCAUCGAUGCAAGACUGAUACGAUGUUUGUUCUGCGGGGUUACUAG